AUGGUGCCUGUUGUGACAGGGAAAUUUGGUGAGCAGCCUCCACCUAAACAACUCACUAGGGAAGCCAUGAGAAAUUACUUAAAAGAACAAAGGGAUCAAACAGUACUUAUUCUUUAUGCGAAAGUCGCACAGAAGUCAUAUGGAAAUGAAAAACGGUUUUUUUUUUGCCCUCCUCCUUGUGUAUAUCUUAUGGGCAGCGGAUGGAAGAAAAAAAAAGAACAAAUGGAACGUGAUUGUUGUUCAGAACAAGAGUCUCAACCUUGUGCAUUUAUUGGAAUAGGAAAUAGUGACCAAGAAAUGCAGCAGUUGAACUUGGAAGGAAAGAAUUAUUGCACUGCCAAAACAUUGUACAUAUCUGAUUCAGACAAGAGAAAGCACUUCAUGUUGUCUGUCAAGAUAUUCUAUGGCAACAGUGAUGCAAUUGGCAUGUUCCUCAGCAAGCGGAUAAAAGUCAUCUCCAAACCUUCCAAAAAGAAGCAGUCAUUGAAUAAUGCUGAUUUAUGCAUUGCCUCAGGAACAAAAGUGGCUCUCUUCAACAGACUUCGAUCCCAGACCGUCAGUACCAGAUACUUGCAUGUAGAAGGAAGUAACUUCCAUGCCAGUUCUCAACAAUGGGGAGCAUUUUACAUUCAUCUCUUGGAUGAUGAGGAGUCCGAAGGAGAAGAAUUCACAGUCCGCGAUGGCUAUAUCCAUUAUGGACAGUCAGUGAAGCUUGUGUGUUCAGUUACUGGCAUGGCACUCCCAAGAUUGAUUAUUAGGAAAGUUGAUAAGCAGACCGCACUAUUGGAUGCAGAUGAUCCUGUCUCACAACUCUAUAAGUGUGCAUUUUACCUUAAGGAUACUGAAAGAAUGUACUUGUGCCUUUCUCAAGAAAGAAUAAUCCAGUUUCAGGCCACUCCAUGUCCAAAAGAACCAAAUAAGGAGAUGAUAAAUGACGGCGCUUCCUGGACAAUCAUCAGUACGGAUAAGGCAGAGUAUACGUUUUGCGAGGGGAUGGGCCCCGUCCUUGCCCCUGUCACGCCUGUGCCUGUCCCUGUCGUAGAGAGUCUUCAGUUGAAUGGCGGUGGGGAUGUAGCAAUGCUUGAGCUCACAGGACAGAAUUUCACUCCAAAUUUACGAGUGUGGUUUGGGGAUGUAGAAGCUGAAACCAUGUACAGAUGUGGAGAGUGUAUGCUCUUUGUCGUCCCAGAUAUUUCUGCAUUCCGAGGUCGGCGGUGGGUCCGGCUGCCAGUCCAGGUUCCAGUAACUUUGUUCCGUAAUGAUUGAAUCAUUUACUCCACUAGCCUUACCUUUACCUACACGCCAGAACCAGGGCCGUGGCCACACUGCAGUGCAGCGGGAGCAAUCCUUCGAGCCAACUCAAGCCAAGUGCCCCCUAAUGAAUCCAACACAAACAAUGAGGGAAGUUGCACAAACGUCAGCACAAAUUAUGUCACAUCGUCCACAGCGACAGUGGUGUCCUAACUACCGUCCUUUUGCUAGGACUUAAACUGACUUUAGGGCUGCAGUGAAACAUUGACAGAAGAAAAAACGAAAAAGGAAAGAGAAUAAAUGAAUAAGCUUUUGUGGUUUCUUGGGAAAACUUUUCAUACCAGGUGAUACUAUUCAGAGCCCCGUUACCUGCAAGUGCUGAUUUGAAAUGCAGAAGCCACAGUAAAACAAAGUGAACGUCCAGAUGUACGCACUGUUGGAAAUAAUACAUUUUUUUCAUCUGUUAUUUUGUUUGGCUGGUUUUCAUUUGGUUUUGUUUGAAUGGGCAAGAAAUAGAAAUGUGACUGAAAUAAAAGUUAAGCAAACUAGAAGACACAAAUUUAACAUAGUUUUUAUGGACCAAGGAACUUGUAUAAGCUUUAGUCAAAGGUACAUUUUCAUCGUACCUUUUUUUAUAUCGCAGUAUAUAGUACAUCUUUCUUACCAAAUAGGUUCUCCUCCCUGCCCUCCUUGGAGUUUCUGCUCUUAAAUACAUUCAGGCUCCAAGCCUGGCCACACUUGUUUAAUCUGAUUAUCAUAUUCUUCCAGGUUUUGUUUUGGUUUUUUGUUUGCUUGUUUGUUUUGUUAUAUUGAUUUUUUUGGUCUAAGGCUGGAACUUUUUUUUUUAGCUGAAGUCUUACGACUUUACAUGAGUCAAAAAUUGUUUUGAUUUUAGCAAGUCAAAUCUUGUAAAAGCCUAUGUAUUUUUUUAAGAUUAUAUGAAGUCUGUGCAAAAGCUUUAAGAAAUGCCUCUGC